AUGCAGCGGCUCGAGGCGCGCGUCGCCUCCUUCUCCGCCGUGGUGCGCCCGAAGCGCGCCGCGAAACCCGCCUGGCCCCUCGCGCGCGACACGCACCCAGCACUGACGCCCGCGGCGCUCGCCGCGGCAGGAUUCUACCACACACCCGUCGCGGGCGAGGAGGACGCGUGCAUGUGCUUCCUCUGCCCGCUGGCGCUCAGCGGGUGGGACGCAGGCGACAACCCGCACGUCGAGCAUGUGGGGCGUGACACGCCGUGCGCGUGGAAGGAGCUUGUGUGUGCGCUCGAAGUGGACCGGCUGCGCGGCGGGCCGGGGCGCGCGCGCACCGAGUUUGCGAGCGCCGACGAGCUGCCUUCUUCGGAGGCGCGCACAGCGCUGCGCGUCCAGACGUUCGGGGAUUGGUGGCCCCUUCAAGCGCCAUCACCGCUUGAUCUUGCGCGUGCGGGGUUCAUUAGCACCCCGUCGAAGGAGUCGGCGGAUGGCACGACAUGCCCGCUGUGCAAGUACGAGGUGGUGGAGUGGGAAGAGGACGACGAUCCCAUGUGA